AUGGUAGAGGAAGCUGCAGUAAGGGAAAAACUGGACGCCUGCAGGCAAGGCAGUUCGGAUGACCACUGGAAGGUUGGCAGGGAAGGAAAUCUUGAUGGCUACACCAUGUGGAUGAAGGAAAGAACCGCAGGGGAGAAGAUUCUUGCGAUUUCUGCGGAGGAGGCUGAAGUCUUGUGGCUGAAUGGCAGUUUGCUGAUAGGAGGGGUGGGUGAUACUAGCAAGUUUGGAAUGGUUGUUGGUUGGAGGCUGGUGGAAUCUGAUGAAGGGAUGAAACUCCAGUGCACAUGGCGUGUAAGGAAUUAUGGAUGUGGAAUUGAGCUCAUAAGUAGGAUAUAUGAAGCAUUGGAAGUUUCUGGACACUACCCGGAUCUUCACUUGGAGCAGCCUAAUCAGCUUACGGCAGAGCUAAGGUCCACUACAAUAGGUGGUCUAAGCUUGAAUGAUUUCAUUGUUGCUGCUAAGAUUGAUAUGGUCAAAACUUUAGAUCUCGUACCAAAAAAGAGAAUAUGGGCCUGACAUUGUGUUGCCACUUCAGGGGUAGAAAGCCAGUUGUUAGCCAUAAUUCCUUCUGGUCUGGUGUUAAAUCUGUGAAAUUUAAUUGAGAUAAUAUGCGAUAGACUUCUUAAUUUUUUUAUAUAGAAAAUUUGUUUAUGCCAGUACAGCAUUUUGUGUUGAUAGCUAGAUAUUUGAAAUGUGUUGCUUGUUGAUUUGAACUCCUUACGAAUAAAACAAAUGAUAGCAUUUGACAUAA